AAUUAAACAAAUUGAAAAUAUAUUUUUUAAAUUAUUGCUUUUCAAUUAUAAAUAAUUAUUAUCGCUUGUCACAAAGGUGUUUUGCUAAAUACUAAAUUCUGCACAUCAAAAGUGUAAAAAUAAAUUCCGGAGAAUCAAAAUAGAUAAAUUAAAGAAAGAAGUAACGAGCGUUAAGUGAAAGCGUUUUAUUGUUGUUAUUUUUUAUUUUUUUUUUUUUCACUUACUCACCGCAUUAAAUUCAGUCUGUAGUUAAUAUAUCACUUACUGUCAUACGGUUAUUUAUUUUUCUACUUACGAGAGUUUAAGUAUUUAGUUUUUUUCCCUUUCGGGCUCUAUCAAACGUUUGCCACCUGUGGCUUAAGCUUUGUCUGCAAAUUAGUUUAGUGAAGUUCUAAAAUGUGAAGGCCGAGUUUGAAUUGAGGAAUUAUUCAGUGGGAAAUAUAUACUUUUAUGUUUAAUUCAUCAUACUCAUAUAAUAUAUCGGGUUUAUUUUCAUUGUCAUUAUUACUGUUGCUUAAGUGAAGGAUGUCUUUGACUUCUCACCCGACAACAAUGGUCAGCCAUGAAGAUAAAUUAAUGUCCGGAACUUUGGAAGAAAGGAAAGAAGCUUUCAAAGAGGAUGUUGAGCUUAUGAAAGAAACCACUAAAUUUAUUACUGAAGUUAUUGAGACCGCGGCUACCGAGGCUUCGAAAAGAAAAUUGCAGAGUCAGGGUGAUGGAACAAGUGAAGGCAGUAGAUUGAAGGGUGGCGAUGUCAUCAGCGGCUGGAACAACCGUGCCCGUGGCUUCUGCAAUCGGAUUCUGAACACCCUCUGCCCAUGCUUCAUCAACAAUGACUUGUUGGCCUGGACGCCCUACCGUUAUCGCUUCACGAGACCGUAACCACUCGGAAGAACAACCGAUUCCAUAAAAUCCAAUAAUAGAUAAAGAUAACUAACAUAUAUAUUGUAUGUACAUGUACACAUAAAGUAUACACUCCGUCAAUUUAUUGCCGACAAACUCGUGGACCUUUACAACCAUUUUUUUAACUUCUGUGGUUAUAUUCUGUCCCAUUAAAUAAUUACUUACUAGUAUUAGUAUUAAUUAUAUGAAUCUCUUUUGAGAAUGCAUCAUUUUUAAUGAUUUAUUUUAAUCAAUGUAUAGUAAUAUGUAUCAAAAGAACAAUUAGUAUUUGUACAUGAAAGUAAAGUAUAUAUAAAAAUAGUAUUUUCAAAAAAUACUGCUCAAAAAAUUCCGUUUUAUUAAUUUUGUAAAUUUUUUGAUUGAAUUUUUUUUCUAAUGAUUUUAUUGUGAAAAAAAAAUUACUAACGCUAACAAUAUAUCUGAUCGACGUGUACUUUGUACUUCAUAAAGCAAAAGUAGAGAAAAAAUUUAAACAAAGUUAAAGUUAGCUAUUGACCUGAA